ACGUUACUCCUUCCUUCUCCUGCCUUUUGCUGCUGCCCACUGGCGACUAGGGGAUGUCGUUGUUGGCAUCCUAACUGUAUCGAUUCCGAGACACGCCCCCCUGAUUUAUUCUAUUCUAUUCCUGGAUCGACAUCGGCGCAACCACUCCCAAACAAUCUUUGUGCACCCUGCAGAUAUCCGCUCUAUCACAUCUAGCGACCGAGAGCCAAGACGGACGAACUUUUCCAAAGUCAAACACAAAUUCAAAUUCAAACUCUAGUGUGGAAGCUGCGAUACGAUUGCUACAAUGGCUGCCCGGCCGGAACCGAUGAACGCGACAUCAACGCACGCGAAGCUGAAAGUGAGCACGACGCUCGCGCGGGAGAACGCAGCGCACGUCGCGGGGGGAUAUGUUACAGGCCGGCUAGAAGUGGACGCUCUCGCAGACAAGGAUCUCGGUAUCGGCGUCAUCAUGGUUGAGCUGGUUGGCGUGCAGGGUGCGUUUCUACCCGUCCGCAUCCCGCUCCUCACCCAGAAAGCUAACAAGACAACGACACCCCCCGCAGAGCUCACCUCGCGCGACCACUCCGCGACAUCGACGUUCCUCCACUCGCGGCGGCUCUUCCAGGGACCCGGCCUGCCGCCGUCGAACGCGGUGUAUCCCACCCCCAUUCCCGGUGCCACGCCGCUCCCGCCGGCAUACCACCCCGCGCGCCGCGGGCGCAGCACGUUCUUGUUCCGGAUUCCGCUCCCCCAGACGAGCCCCGCAUCGCUCGUGUUCGGCGGGUCCCUCGCGCGCGUGCGGUACGAGCUGCGUGCGAGCGUGGGUGUCGUGUGGCGGGGCGAAAGGCGGGAGGUUGUGCAGCGGCGGGACGUGGAUGUGGUAGAGCACUACAGCGAAGAGGAGGAGGGGCAAGCUGAGGGAGAUGGUGAGGCGGUGGUGGUGGGUGAGAAUGGAAAGAUAUGGGCCCAGGGCCGGGUUGUGGGUGGGGUUGUUGUAGCAGGGGAGAGCGCGUGCGUUGAGUUGCAAGUGAAGAACCAUUCGAACAAGAAGAACACAGGGCUCGUAGUGACGCUGACCCGAUCGCUGGUGCUGCCGACGGGAGAGCCGGGUCUGCAGAUCAGCGACACGUUAGUGACGGUGCCGUUUCGAACACAGGAGUACGUCAUUCCACCUGGCGCAGAGGGUGUCGCCAGUCUCGUGUUUGACGUACCAGCGCAUGCCCGUGGGGUGCGCGGUGGGGUCUUUCACGGCGACAAGGGCGGGAAGAGCACCGAGUCGAUUUUCGUGGUGCAAUGUGUAGUCGGCGUGCGGAUCACGAUGGGGCUCGGGAGCAAGGACUUGGAACUGAGCCUGCCUGUACGGGUUGUCCAUCCUGCCGCCCUCCCCGAGAUAGUUGCGCCACCCCCACUGCCACCACAACCCGUGUAUUCGCCGCCAGGACACGCGCAGCCGUAUGCUGCCGUGCCUCCUUACCCGAUUCAAUCCUACCUGCCUUAUGGUGCACCGACACCGAUGCCAAUUUCGAUGUCACCGGUACCGCCUCCCCAGCCAUGGUACGACGUGCAACAUGGCCAGGUGUGGUUCCCGCCUCCACCUGUGCAGCAGAUGUACUAUGCACCCACGCCACCACCGCGCCCGGCAAGUGCCGGAGACCGGCCCGCCGAGCCACCCGCCGCUGUUCCAGGCGACGAACGUGGAGAACGAGCGUCUCGGAUCGCACAGCAUCUGCGGCAAUCGACGAGAAACCGUUCUGCGUCGCCGCUUUCGAGUAACCGGGCGGCGAUGCCGAUGAAUCCGAUCUCGCAGCCCAUGUCCCUGUCGAAUCACAUCCCCCUCAUGUCGGUGUCAAAUCCUAUGUCGAACCCGAUGCCUCCACCUCCUAUUUCGAUACCACCACGAGCGAGUCUGCAGCUGGAGCCCGUGUCACCUCGGCCUUUGUUGAGCCCCAAAAACUCGUUUUCAGAUGAUCGGGAGUUCAAGAGUGUGCGCGUCGAGGCGCUGGAGCGGAUGGCUGAUGAGGUGGGGCGGACGGCGGUGGAUUUGUCUGGUGAUCUGCCCAUCGAGAAGGACGUUGUGUUGUUGCCUAAAGAAGAAGUGAACAUCAACAAGACGCUACCGGGACCUCCGGUCCCCAGCGGCAAGUUCAUGCGCCCGGUGUUAACGGAUGGGGAGCCGACUGAGAGUGGGCUCGAUGCGCUGGAGCGGCGCCUGAUGGCCGACGUUGGGACCCGUGUCAAGCCCGUUUCAGUGGAGCGGCCCGAUGUGCGGGCCGUAUUGGCGAUGCCCUUGGACAUCCCCAAGCGCGAGGAGCCCGAGGUUGACUCGGUAAUAUCCAGCCUCACACUCGCAGGCGAGGGCGCUGCCGAGCUUGAGCGGCGGGACGCGGAGACGGUCCGAGGGCCAGAUUCCGGGGAGAACCGGAGCCGGAGCAAAGGCAAGAAGAAGACCAAAGCUGCGAAAGGACGUGUGACGGCGUGGCUGGGCGGGCUGGAAGCCGAGGAGGUCCUCGAGGAUCCGCCGAGCCCCAGCCCGAAACUCGAAGAGACACCCGAUCCACGCUCGUCAGGGUUCGUGUCUGUGCAGACCUUCCGCAGCCGGAUCAUAGGCUCCCGGCUGACCGCCACAGCGCGUAACCCCAAUCCAGCAGACGAGGCGAAACGGGUCGCCGAUCUUUGGCAGAACGAGUCGUUGCAACAGCCGUCCAAAGCAGAGCCGGCAACGCCCGUCAUCGUGCCUGCGCCGUCGAAUCCGUGGAAAUCGAGCAGAGGCGCACUGAAUGUCGAUCCCGAAGUGAAGUACGACAUUCGCUCGGCGCGUGGGGGGAGAGGCGGUCGGGUCACAGCAGCUAAGGAAAUCUGGGCAUCAGGUGCGGUGUUUGAUAAGGCCGCCUCGGCUCAGCAGAAGCAGAAGCCUGCGAUCCCGCCCCCGCCCACAUCGAAGACGGCCGCCAAGCCGACGGCGCCGACACCGAAAUCAUCUUCCCCGGUGCCGCCAACAAUCCCGAAAGUCAUCUCCCCACGCUCACCGCUCGCCAAGCCGGGGGCAAGCGUGCCCGCGGUGUCUUCGUCGUACGCGCGCCCGACGAUCAGCAGCACUGCAUCCCUGGCGCGUCCCGUUGUUGCUGCGGCAGGCAGCGGUGAUCCGGCCUGGAAGCGCGUUGGGCGGGGUGUCGCCGCUGGGCCGGUCAAGAUGCCGGACGAGGCGACCACGAGCAAGAAGCCGGAGUUGGCGUUUGGGCAGGCGCGUCUGAGAGAUUUGAUCAGCAAGUAUCAGACGCAGGCGGGGUGAGGUCCUGUAACUGUAAUAUAAGGUAAUGACGGCGGCGGCUGGUGUAUUCGCCGCGCUGCCACUAACGAAUACUCACGACGCAUUGCAUUUCAUGUCCACGAUUUCUCCAGUAUCUACAUACUACUUAUCUUGCUCCGUAUCUUUAUCGACACUCGGUGUUUCCGCAUUAUACAUACAUAGUUACUACCAAUAGCACAUGCCAGCAUGAAUUUUCAAUAAGCUGCAGAGUACGGUACAGUAAGGCAGUGGCAGGCAAGGCAGCCUGCACUGUUGUACUUAUAACGAAAUAAGAGAUGUCUCAUGUGG